AUGACUAAGGCUUUUUGCAAGGACCCUCUGGGGAAGAAGGUGUGCAUUAAAUGCAAUACUGAUGACGCUGUCGGCAACUUUAGGAAGCUGACAAUAGCCCACACUGGCCCUGGACGGAACAAUAUUGUAUUGAAGAAGUGGUACACGAUUUUAAACCACCACGUGUCUCUGGGGAACAAUGAAAUUCACAGUGGGAUGAAUCUGGAGCUUUAUUACCAAUAG